GAGAGAAAAUUUUCGAGUCAGAUUUGUUUUUGUGUUGAGUUGAAACAGUUCGGAUUAGUUUACUGCAAAACUUAUUAAACCACUCUGUAGUUUAAAAACCUUGUGUAUCACCCUGUAAACUUAUUUACCAGUAAUCAUGUCACUAUUUUUCCCCUCUCGAUGAGUUAUAAUCAAAAUUGAUACUUUUAAAUUGUUUGAAAACAACUUAUUCUUCUUUUUUUCUAUUGACCAGCGUUGCUUUUUAUUUGAACUCAACAGUUAUUCACCUUAACCAUCAAGGCCACUCAAAUCAUUGGGAGCUUGACGUUUUGACAAACAAUGAGACCCAAUAACAUUGGUUCUCGAUCCCAGGGAGCAAAAGGUACUGAAACACCUAGAAAUUUAAUUCCCGAGUAUCUGAACGUUAUAGAAUUUCUUAAAGAGAAUGAAAAGUUAAUCAAAGAAGGUGACUCUAAAGAAAUUUUGGAAAAAGUAAAGGAGAUAGACAACUUUAAUCAUAUUCUUGACAAUAUGAGGAAAGAAAAAGUCUUUUUACUGAUGACCGUGGAUGAAACUUCACUUUUUAACAUUGUCAGCCAAGUUGUAAAUAGCCAGGAAAGAACGUUAACCCAAUUAACCAAGAUAAACAGAAAAAAUUUAACCACCGGAAUUAGUAUCAAGGAAGAAGAUAAAGGUAAAAUUAAUGUUACCAAUUCUGUUGAAAGGAAAGUUAACAAUGAUUUAAGGACUCGUCGUCAUAGGCGCAGUGAAUGGAGACGUCGUUGGAGACCUUACGGAAGAAGAUUCAGCCGAUCGUUUAGUAAAAGUAGUCGACUCGAUGAUUUGGAAAGCAGGAAAAACAAGUGGUUAAACCUUCGUAUGCACGUUUUGGGCCAACCUUUAGCACCCUAUAAUACAACACAGUUUCUUAUGGAUGACCAUAAUGUGAGAGAACCUGAAUUUGAACAAAUUGAUAGAUAUCUGAAAGCUAAUGCAGUGGCCGCUGCUGUCAACAAUAACUUUAAAGAUGUCAACUCUGAAGGAAACCAUUCUAUCACAGGAAGCAUCACUCCCAGUGGAGGAGACUAUCGAAGAAGGUGUAUGAGUGAUAGUACACCAUCUCGCAAAAAUUCUGAUGAUGUGUCGUCCGAUGAUUUUUAUAGUUCGCCUGAUGAUGAGCUAGAUUUUGAUCAGAGACAAUUUUUUGAAACCUAUGAAAACAUUCAUGCAGAAAGGAUAAGCACAAUGUCUAAAGCAGAAUUGGUUAAAGAAUAUCUUCUGUUAGAACAAAAGUGUGAAGAAUUGGAAACCAAGCUUAAAGAAAUGGAAUAUCAUUCUAAACUAAUUUCAAUCAAAUUAAUGGAAAUAAUUCGUAGCUGAUUGAUUGCCAUUGAAAAUUAUAUGCUGCAAAUUUGACUUUCGGGAGCAUAUUUUUGAAUAAAUUUCUUGUAUUUGGCAACAAUGGUAUAAAGAGUUGGUAUAUUUAUGUUACCACAAACACCGUAUCCUCCAGACACUAAUCCAACCGCAUACCAGCGAUGAUUCUCAGGGUUUUUGUACAUUAAUGGUCCACCAGAGUCACCAAUACAAGAACCACCGCCGGUAGUUACAUCUAUGGCGCACAUAUGGCUUUCAUGGAUUGGUGUCACUAAACUUGCAUAUUCACCAGGGUGCACCUUCAAUCUCCGAUAGUUUACCCCAACCGGCAACAAUCAGACUUUCAUAGUCUUUAAUUUUGGCAUCAGGAAUGCAAAUUGGAUAAAUAUCUUCGCUAAAUUGAACAGGCUUGCUCAAUUUAAGAAUUGCAAAGUCAAAGUCAAGUUUUCGCUCUGUUAUGUCAAACCGUUUGUCAUAAAUAAACUUGGAAACGCUGUGUUUAUUUUCCAAAUCUUUUGA